CUACGCCACUGCUCUGCCAGAUUCUUACAGGGUGAGUGAGAUAUCCCGGCGAGAAGAAGCUUCAUUGCCGCUAGGGAUAAGUGUGGUUUGGGCCGCAAUGGCAAACACCACAUAAUGCAUGAACCAGUCACAUUACAGCGGGUGGCGCUGUGGUCUAAACACUGAGCCUUUUGGGCUUGCUGAUCGAAAGGUCAGCGGUUUGAAUCCCCACAAUGGGGUGAGCUCCCAUUGGUCUGUCCCAGCUCCUGCCAACCUAGCAGUUCGAAAGCACGCCAGUGCAAGUAGAUAAAUAGGUGCCACGGGGGGCCACUAGGGGCACAUUGGAAGAUGGCCGACAAUACCAUCUCUCCGACCCACACGGGGUAAUUAAGAGGCUGUUAUGGGAGUAGGCAACCUCCCUUGUUGCCCCAAGGAAAUGGGGAACACUGCCCUUGCCUGCUGUGCCCAUAAAUCACCCCCUAAUUCGAAAGAAGGGGGUGAGGGCCCUAGGCAGAAUGCUCCCAUGUGGACAUCGGCUCUCCUGGACGCUGUCUCUGAUCGCGCACUAGUUGCAGCAAUUUGGAAUAAUUAAUUACAAAAGAAGCAAAUGCACAUAUUUCAAGUGAAGAAGGGGAGUGAAGUCUGCUAAUUUAAGUGACCUCUGCGAAAGAAGACGACGGGCUGGAGAAAAAGGAAUAUAUUACGAUGAAGAUACACCAAAGGCGGGGUAUGUUGACAACGGGGCUGAAUGGGGGGGGACCUUUUUUUACUUUCCUUCUAUGUGAUUUACAAGAACCCCUCCUCAUUAGAACCGUCGGUUGAACUGACCCAAGCAGGAUGAUUAAGGUCUGUGUGGAGAUAAACUUUAACCAAAAGUAUGCUUUAUGGAGACCGAGAAGCAAUAAGAGCUUUUGGGAAUGGCGCAGCAAUUAAUUUGGAGUCACCAUCUUGCCAAAGGAUUUAUAGCCGGGAGGAAGAACGGAUUUGUUUUCAGACUGCAUUCCUAGUGAAUCUCCUCAGAGGUUUUGAGAAAGGAGGCAGAUUGGUGAAGAUUAAUGACGCUAAGACUGUUUUGAUGUAUGGAAGUGAUGUUAUAUGGAAAACGUCUGGAUAUGGCUACUGGAUAAAUAAAUAAAAAUAUCCACGCAGGAUUACAAACUGUUCUAACCAGCUUGCGGAGACUAUCAGAGGUCACAAAGAGAAAGGAAAAAUACAUGAAAAUAACAACAAGAGAUGUGGAAAAAUAAUAAGAAAGGACUGGAUAGUACUGUGAACAUCAUAAGGUUAGAUUUGUGGACAUUAAAACAGCAGUAAGAAGCAAGAAGUUGAUUGGAUCCCUUCGGAACUUAAUAUAUGGGUACCCCCAACAAAAAUUUAAAAUUUGGCUGUGUAAUUUGGAAUUUAUGUAAUUUGGUUUGAUUUGAUGUGAUUGGUCUGCUAAUAAAAAAUUAUUCUUAAAAAAAAAAAGAUAAAUAGGUGCCACUGCGGCAGGAAGGUAAAAGGCGUUUCCAUGCGCUCUGGUUUCCAUCACUGUGUCCCAUUGUGCCAGAAGUGGUUUGUCAUGCUGGCCACAAGCUGUCCAUGGACAAUCUCCGGCUCCCUUGGCCUGAAAGCGAGAUGAAAUCUGCAACCCCAUACAUGCCUUUGACUGGACUUAACCGUCCAGGGGUCCUUUUACCACCUCAUAGAUCUCACUUAUUUUGGCAGCGGAGAGCAUUGUUGAAUUUUGCUAAGUUUUACUGCACCUGAGUCAAGGGAGACAGCCUUGAGAUGAAGGGCGAAGUGUUAAGGCUAGCGUUAGGAACAGAUACAGAUUAGGGACUAAUUGCAUUGUCUAGAACUGUGCAUGAAAUAAACAUGCUUCAGAUUGAAUCCAACAUAUUUUAAUGAUGUUUGCCAGACACUGUUAUGCUGCCAAGGCCCUUGAAUAUGUCAUUUAAAAUAUUUCUUUAUUUUGCGUUUGAAGGACUCCUUUGAUUAUGUUACUGGGGGAAGAGUUUACAUGCACAAAAAUACAAUUAGGAGUAAUUUCUGUUUUAUCUCAGCAUGACUAGUUUAUCAUAAUGUUUGCAAUUUGCUGAGCAAUGUCUCUCUUUCAUAAGCUCUGGGGCUAUUUGCAGCUGAUCAUAAUAUUUUAGAGAAGAUUUCAUAAACUGGCCCUGCUGUGCCGGCAAACACACACUCACUCACCACCGUUUAAAUGAGGAUGUACUAUAAAGGAACUCUAAAUGCUCUCAUAAACCCGUUGAGAAUACUCUUGCAAUAAAGUUCGCAUUUUAAAAGAUGACUUUGUUAGAAGCGGGGAAAGUCAGCAAGGUUGAACACAACAAAAAGCCUUCCCAACAGUGUGCUAUUGUCAGUGGGACAGAGGACACCCCUGUACUCUCACUUUUGCAUAAGCCCCCCCCCCCCACUCUUUUGGCUUAAAUUCUGGUUUGUGCUCUUUUGUCAGGCCAGAGGAUCCAAACCUCCAUGGUAGAUUAACAGGAAUGGAUAAUACAAGGAAAGUUCUUACCAAUGUUUUUUAUUCAAUAUUCACAGAGAGAGGCUUAGACAUGCAGCCUCUUGGAGUAAUGGCGUUUCUCCUAAUAAUUCUCCACACACACCCUUCUCUCCUACGUCCUCAUUCGUCAACAGCACAACCCCUGUUACGGUUGCCGCUUAGGCACAUCUGUCUCCAAGCCCUUUGCUCUCCUACUUUCAAUGCUUGCUGGGUUCUGGGAAGGGGAGGUCUGGAAUGCUUCCCAGAGAUAAUGUGUCACCCAACUGCUCUGCCUCCUCCUCCUCCUCCUCCUCCUCCUCUCUCAUUAAUUCCCAACUUUCCCCCUCACCACUGUUGCAAAUCUAGACUGUUUUCCUCUUCUCUGGAGGGAUCAGGCUGGGGAGGCAGUCUCCACCAUUCCUCCUCUGUCCAGUCUCUGAUGACAUCUUUGCACAAUAAGAGUGCAUCUUAAUAACCCAUCACAAAUAAAGCAUGCACCCUGCAAUAAAUAGGGCUCCGUUUACGUGGGUGAGGAACUCCCAGACUGUGGCUAGAUUCAGCCCUUGGUGCCUUUGGAUUUGGAUCAUAGAAUUGUAGAGUUGGAAGGGAACCUGAGGAUCAUCUCGACCAACCCCCUGCAAUGCAGGAAUAUGCAGCUGUCCCAUACAGGAAUCGAACCUGCAACCUUGGCAUUAUCAGCACCACGCUCCAACCAACUGAGCUACCUGCCUGGGGCCUCUUCACUCCUGCCUCCACUCCAUGUGGCAAUUAGGCUUAGAAAUAAAGGUCCCAUUGCUUCUGGUGCAACAGAACACUGUGAUGGAAACCAGAGCACACGGAAACGCCGUUUACCUUCCUGCCGCAGUGGUACCUAUUUAUCUUCUUGCACUGGUGUGCUUUCAAACAGCUAGGUUUGCAGGAGCUGGGACAGAGCAACAGGAGCUCACCCCGUCAUGGGGAUUCGAACCGCCGACCAUCUGAUCAGCAAGCCCAAGAGGCUCAGUGGUUUAAACCACAGCGCCACCUUUCACCCAAAUAGGGCAACCCUCACCCUAUCCCUCUCAGAGCAAUCAGCCUUAGCAAAAAGAGACUCACUUGUAGGAACGGGACCUUUAUUUUAAGAAAGUCUAAAUGCAGGGGGGCAAAGCUGAUGUGUGCAUCCUGCAAGGUUGACCCAAAGGUACUUGUCGGUCUUUGGAAAGCAUUUCAAAACUUUGGCCAGUACAAAAUUCAGCCGGGUCAUUUUUGACCAGGAUUGACUUUAUGAAGCCUUUGACUACUCUCUUAUAUCAGUUCCACUUACUUCCAGUCCACUCCCCAACUCAGGUCUAUUAAUUUCAAUGGGUCUAUUAUGAGUAAAUUUUAGUUGAGUACAACCCUAUGUGCCAAUACUCCUAUGUUUUGAGUUACAACUCCCAUCAGCCCCACAUAGCACCAGGUUGAAGAAGGCUUGGCUUAGGCAAACAUAUCAUGUUUCCAAUAAACACCCCCUUUCCCGAACAAUGGUUAAAUAUAGAUUUGAGAAAUACCAUAACUAUGACUUACUGGACAGUAAAGAAUGCAAUAUUUUUUCCUCAGGUCUCCAGUUGCCCCUGAUUACUUUUCCAAGCAAUGUCCUUUGACUCUGUACCCUCAGGAACUCAGUGACUCCUCUGACCUUAAACCAAUUAAAUUUUAUUUGGCACCCUUGAGCAGAUCUGUAGUCACAACAGGAACAAUUAUUCAGCGGCAGGGGACCUGGAAUGUUUUUCUUUGCUUGUUGGCUAAGAUCCUACUUAAUAACUAAAAUACAGCAACGCUAUGGAAGAGGAAAGCCUUCUUCAUCUUCUGAUAGGAGGGUGGCAAGACUUCAAAGAGGAUCACGAAUGUCUGUUGAGGUAUUAAGAAAAAGAGGUAAGGCAAUUAUAGCCUGCCAUUCAGUGCUAUUCAGGCGAGUUUUCUGUUUCCUUUAUUGCGAAAACAAAAGGUGCAGGCUUUUGUUCCUAUUGGGUGAGCGAAUGGGGAAUGCUAAAGCAUUUUAUUUGAGUUACAAAUCAGUGAGGUAACAGUUGAAGAUGGUGACAUAUUUUGUGUUCCCUUACAGUCUGCACACAAAGUGAGCCUCUGUAA